GGAAGGAGGCCCCUCUUUUUCCACCACCCCCAAGAUGGUGAGCCGCCUCCCUCGCUCGGCGGACCUGAGCCGCUUCUGCCAGAAGCUCAGCCGGGUGAAGACCCUGGAAGAGGACAUGAUGGAGACCUCCUUCAACCGAUGCUUGACCACCGUGGACCUGGCCUUGCUCGGCAUCGGCGGGAUGGUGGGCUCCGGGCUCUACGUCCUCACAGGCACUGUCGCCAAGGAGACGGCCGGGCCUGCCAUCGUGGUCUCCUUCAUCAUCGCGGGGAUCGCCUCGCUGCUGGCCGCCCUCUGCUACGCGGAGUUUGGGGCUCACGUGCCCAAGACUGGCUCGGCGUAUAUGUUCACGUACGUCUCUGUGGGCGAGAUCUGGGCCUUCCUCAUCGGGUGGAACGUCAUCUUGGAGUACAUGAUAGGCGGGGCAGCGGUGGCCAGGGCCUGGAGCGGCUACCUCGAUGCCAUAUUUGACCACAGGAUCAAGAACUUCACCGAGACCCAUGUGGGCGCUUGGCACGUUCCCUUCCUGGCCCAUUACCCGGACUUCUUGGCCUCGGGGAUCCUCCUCCUCGCCAUGGCCUUCAUCUCGUUUGGCGCACGGGUCUCCUCCUGGCUCAACCACAUCUUCUCGGCCGUCAGCAUGGGCGUCAUCCUCUUCAUUCUUAUCAUGGGGUUCAUUCUGGCCAGACCCCAGAACUGGAGCGCCAGCGAAGGGGGCUUUGCCCCUUUUGGGCUCUCCGGCAUCAUGGCCGGCUCGGCCACCUGCUUCUACGCCUUUGUGGGCUUCGACGUGAUCGCCACCUGCAGCGAAGAGGCCAGGAACCCGCAACGGGCCAUCCCGAGGGCCAUCGCCAUCGCCCUGAGCCUCGCCACCGGGGCCUACAUCCUCGUCUCCGUGGUGCUGACGCUGAUGGUGCCCUGGCACUCUCUGGACCCGGACUCGGCCCUGGCGGAUGCCUUCUACCGGAGGGGUUACGCCUGGGCUGGCUUCAUCGUAGCUGCCGGCUCCCUUUGCGCCAUGAACACCGUGCUCCUCAGCAACCUCGUCUCUCUCCCCCGCAUCGUCUACGCCAUGGCCGAGGACGGCCUCUUCUUCCAGGUCUUUUCCCGCGUCCACCCCCGCACGCAGGUCCCCGUGGUGGCCAUCGUGGUCUUCGGCUUCCUCACCUCCGUCCUGGCCCUCAUCUUCGACCUGGAAGCCCUAGUCCAGUUCUUAUCCAUCGGCACCCUCUUGGCCUACACCUUCGUGGCGGCCAGCGUGAUCAUCCUGCGCUUCCAGCAACCCAAGGCGGGCGCCCCCAACCCACCGGCGGGGAGCGAGGCCACCCCACCGCCCGCGGAGACCCUCAGCACCACGGAGCCAAAGGAAUACGAAUCUUUUUCCGACAAGCUGCAGCUGGUGGGCAAGGAAAAAUCGAAAGGCUCCCGGGAGCCUGGGCAACUGAAGGCCACUUUCGAACCCUACCUGGACUUCCUCAGCGAUUUCUACCCAGGGGAAGUGGUCACCGUGGCCGUGGUCAUCCUCAUGGUUUCGGCUAUCUGCCUGUCGGCCACCCUGGUGUUUGGGAGGAACCAGCUGCAUCUGCCCACCUGGAGCUACGCUCUGCUGGUGCUGCUCUUCAGCCUGGCCUUGCUGUCUAGUCUGCUUCUCAUCAGCGUCCAUGAGCAAAAGCAAAGCACACAGACGUUCCAGCUGCCGCUGGUGCCCUUGACGCCGGCGCUCAGCAUCUUCAUCAACAUCUAUCUCAUGCUGAAACUCAACUACAUGACCUGGCUGCGGUUCUCCAUAUGGCUGAUUGCAGGCUUGAUGGUCUACUUCGGUUACGGCAUCUGGCACAGCAAGGAGAACCUGCGGGAGUCCCAGGCGCACGCCGUCAGUGCGCGCUACGUGGUCUUCCCCAACAGCAGCCUGGAAGAGAGCGUCCAGACGGUGCAACCGAGCACCCAGCCGUCUCAGGGUUUGGAAGAAACCGCAGAAGAGGAAGCAAAGAGAUGAUGCGGGAGGGGGGAAGGCCUAACCGGAGGAGACCCUUCCCUUGCCCCCCCACAUCCAGCCCACUGUUCUCCAGUGUUUUGGCCACCAACGAGAAGGCUCACCAGGCCCAGCUGCGAAGCCCGGUGGAACAGCGAGCCACUGCCAACGGAAUACAGAUGCGCUGCACCCCCUCCUUUCAGUUGCUUGGGUCCCCAUUUGUGUUGCUGGAAACCUGGGUUCAUUGGGCCACUGGUCCCCCUUGGAAAUGGCCCAGGUUGUCCCUCCACCAGCUUGGAGGUGGCUUGGAUCUGCCGUGGGCUUCCUUUGAUGUGUGGCCGAUGGUGGAUGAAAAUUCCCUCCUCCUUCUUCCCAGCUGCCAAUGUGUUCCCGUCACUUUCCUCUUGCCUUAAUCUGGCUGUUUUAUUAGUUCCUGUCAAAUUAUAAGGUCUUGGUUGUCAACGAAGGACCGCAGCCUGUUUAGAUGAUGCUGCGAUGUGAUGCGGCUGCUUGCCGCAGGAAGGCUUCAGCCAAAUCACGAGGAGGAGGAG